AUGAAAUUUCUUCUCUUCCUUAUUUUAUUGAAUCAAUUUAUGAUAAUUGAAAUCGAAGGAAAACGAUGUGAAAAUAAUCGAGAUUGUGCAGAAAAUGAAAAUGAAUUCUGUCGAGAAAUCGGUGACAUCGGAAAAAGUAUAUUCAAUUGUGAAAGAAAAUGUGAGACGGAUAAGGAUUGCAAGGAUUUUGAAUGGUGUCGACCUGCGAGUCACGGAGAUCCUGCAUUUUGUGAAUUUCACUUGUGA